AUGACGAUAAUUUAUGAUUUUAUUACCAGGAGAGAUGUUCGUGAUACCAUUUCAAAUGAUGCCGACAAGGUCACAUCUUUUGCUAAGUCCUUUAAAAACUACGAUACCUGUAUGGCUAAUACAGGAUGUAAGAUAGUGUUCAUUGUUGGAUGUGUGCUUCUUGGGCUUCUUGUUAUUUGGGCCAUAUCGACGAUUGUCCAGUGUUUAUGUAUGGGUGUCAAGUGUAUUGAAGCAUGCUGCUGCUGUUGUUGCCGAAAUCAAAAUAAUGCAACUUAUCAACAACCACCACAAACAUACAUUAAUCCAAAUAUGUACCCCGAUGCUCAAUAUAACCAAAGAUAUGCUUACCAACCACAACCUCCUCCAACGUCGGCUUAUCCUGGUCCAAGUAAUGAUAGUGUGAAAUCCGAAUAUGGUUAUACUAAUCACGAUGGAUACGAACCAGUUAACAACAACACAAAUUAUCAAAGUCCAUUCAAUGAUCGAUACAAGUAUUAG